UUCUAAAUUUUCGGAGGGUUCAGCCCUUUUUGUUGCAAGUUUUUUGCUUAUUCCCUCAGAUUUUUCAUGUUUUUUUAACUUAAGCUCUGUUAAAGAAUUUCGAAGCAUGGCUGAUGAUGCUCCUUAUUAUAGAAUAGUGCCAUUUUCACCCCCACUUGAUGAUGAUGUUUCCAAUCUUCCUGAUGAUGGUGAUGGCUUAGGAAUAAGUUCGCCUAAAAUAGCAAAUGACCAUCCAGAAGAUGAACCAAUUUGUGAAGAGAAAUACACAAAUAGUGGAUAUUUUGGUAUCAAUUCUGAUAAUGGUGCACAUAAUAAUAAUGAGUUGCCUGAAGAAAGGUUGAGACAUAUGGAAGAAUUAUAUCAACAGCAUUUGAUUGAACAAUUACCUGUUUAUUAUCCUGGCAUUUCUGGAUGUAGAAGCGUAGUGGAAUUUGAAUGCCUUAAUAAAAUUUCUGAAGGGACAUUUGGUGUUGUUUAUCGUGCCAAAGAAAAGAGAACGGGUUCUUUUUUUUUAUUUUCGUUUAUUUUUUUCAAUUUUUAG